ACUGACUAUUGAUACURUUGAAUAACAACUUGGAACUUCAAUAACAACAACAACUUAACACUACAACAGUACAGACUACAGAAAUACAAACUGCAAGUGCAUAACAUCACAAUGAAAUUGCCGGCUGUGUCUAAAGUCUAAACUCUGAUGUAUACCAUUGCAAUUACCAGAAGUAGCGGGCAUUAUUGACUUGUUGAUUGAUUUUAAAUUUUAUUUCACGAAACUUCAGACCACCUGCUGCGGUGGCGGUCCGGAGCAUUAAUUCAUAUUUUCAUUCGCUUGUUCCGUGUCCUCGAUCUCCUGGACAGCGAUGUUAUUGAUUUAGACCAAAUCUGUCGAUGUCYCGCAGAUGGAAAACAAAUUAUUAGCCGACUACGAACAGCAGUUUGGUGUGACCAGUGCUGAAAUCACAUCGAAAAUCAGCCGACUUGGCCAUAUAGCGGGCAAUGAUAGAAAUGAUUACGUCAAAGAAAUCGAACGGAGCCUCGAUGAGGUACACGAUUUGUUGGAACAAAUGGACCUGUCUGUCAAAGAAUCCGAUGUGUCUGUACGGGCCAAAUUGCACAAUCGAGUAGCUAGUUACAGGGCUGAACUGCACAGAUUAGCCAAGGAAUUUGCCCGAGCAAAAUGUACGGUCAACAUUGAUUUAGAAGAUGAUAAUCAUUUUGCUGAAAGUGAAGAUGUGACUUCAGAACAAAAACAGAGGUUACUGUAUACAUCUGAACGUCUUAACCAAUCAGGAAUACAAUUGGAUAAUACUUAUCGUAUUGCUAUCGAGACUGAAGAAAUUGGUUCACAAAUACUAACAGAUUUAAAUCGCCAACGAGAAACUAUGCAUAACUCUUUUAAUAGGCUCAGAGAUGCAAAUGCAGAUCUGGGUAGAAGCACUCGAAUGAUAAAUGCCAUAAUUGUACGUUCCAGACAACAUAAAAUCAUACUUUUUGGUGUCAUGGCAGCAUUUUGUUUUCUAUUGGUCUUUGCGUUUUACCGUUCAUUCCUUUAAAUAUCCAUUCCUAUUUCACAGGUUAACUUGUUUUAGUUUUGUUAUUGCCUUUUUGAAUUUACAAUAUAAUUGUUAUUAUUUAUUUUAUGUUUGAAAUAAUUUUUACA